AUGGUUUUUGGUCAAAGACCGGCUACAGUCAUUGGGUUCGCUUCAACAUCAAAAUCAGGAACAUCUUCACCCGAGCAAAAUAUCAAAUUGGACGAUAAGGAAUGUAUAGACGACAGAGUGAAGAGUUUCGUCUCCACUCUUCCUCUCGUCGAUGUAGUACAGGAAUUGAAAAAUUGUUUGAAUGAAAUGCAUAUUCGCUUCGAGGAGACGAAUGAGGUUGUAUAUAUGGAUCAGGAAAUGCGUCGUUUAUCACUUUCAACCGGCGUUGAAAUCGGCUGCGCUACUUUGCCUCCGGAACAAAAAUCGCAUGUGGAAUUUGCGAUAGUCGCCGGUGAUUCGCCGACGAGUGAGUUACUUUGUGACGAACUAAUCUCAAGGUUGAGAACAUUGACCCAACUGCAUUCCGGAAGAGGCCAACAUGCGAUCUGUCGUCAUAUAAACCAUUAG